CACACCACACACUGGAUAGCUGCUUCACAAAACACAGCACAGCUAGCUGCGUAUCCACCACCAUUCUGAUUUCUGCCAUGGAGGUUGAUCACCGCAUCAGGGUGAGCGACGGCGACGGCGAGACGACGGCCGGACAAGGAGGCGUUGUUGCCGGCGUCUCGUUCGCGGGCUGCUGGCAGCGGCUCCGGUCGGUGCUCGUGGGGCUGUGGUGUUGGGUCGCCGUGUUCGCGAGGAAGGUGGGCAGGAUCGCGAGGGAGGACCCACGGCGGGUGGCGCACUCGCUCAAGGUCGGCCUGGCGCUCACCCUGGUGUCCGUCCUCUACUACGUCACGCCGCUCUUCAAGGGCUUCGGGGUCUCCACGAUGUGGGCCGUGCUCACCGUCGUCGUCGUCAUGGAGUACACCGUCGGUGGCACGCUGAGCAAAGGCUUGAAUAGAGCUUUCGCGACGCUGGUGGCUGGGUUCAUCGCCGUGGGAGCUCAUCAGGUAGCUAACCGCUGUGGUGCACAAGGGGAGCCCAUACUGCUCGCCAUCUUCGUCUUCUUCCUAGCGUCGGCGGCGACGUUCUCGCGCUUCAUCCCGGAGAUCAAGGCGAGGUACGACUACGGCGUGACCAUCUUCAUACUCACCUUCAGCCUGGUGGCCGUGUCCAGCUACCGCGUGGAGGAGCUCAUUCAGCUGGCGCACCAGCGCUUCUCCACCAUCGUCAUCGGCGUCCUUACCUGCCUCUGCACCACCAUCUUCGUCUUCCCCGUCUGGGCCGGCGAGGAUCUCCACAAGCUCACCGCCGCCAACCUCGAUAAGCUGGCGCAGUUUCUUCAAGGAUUGGAAUCCGAAUGUUUUGGAGAGAAGGCUGCUAGCGAGAAUUUGGAGGACAAAGCCUUUCUGCAAGUGUACAAGAGCGUCCUCAACUCCAAGGCCAGUGAGGACUCUCUGAGCAAUUUUGCCAAGUGGGAGCCCGGUCAUGGCAAAUUCGGCUUCCGGCACCCAUGGAGCCAAUACCAGAAGCUCGGAGCUCUUUGUCGUCAGUGCGCAUCUUCAAUGGAGGCUCUUGCUUCCUAUGUCAUCACACUGCAAAAAUCCCAGUACCCUGAGGCCAAUCCAGAGCUAACCUUCAAGGUCCGAAUGGCGUGUGGGGAAAUGAGCUCACACUCGGCCAAGGCGCUCAAGGACCUAUCAACAGCCAUUCGGACAAUGAUAGUACCAUCUCCAGCCAACAUCACCAUGUCCUCAGCCAUCAAAGUUGCAAAAGACCUCAGGAAUGAAUUAUCAGAGGACGCAGCUGUGUUGCAAGUGAUGCAUGUGGCUGUUACUGCCACACUUAUCUCAGACUUGGUUACGACAAUAGUGAAAAUUGCAGAAACUACUGACAACCUAGCACGGCUUGGCCACUUCAAGAACCCUGAAAAAACUCAGAAAGAUGUCGCUAUCAACAUUGCGAGUUGACAAAGUGGCAAAUUCCCUGCCAAAGAAAAAGAAACACAAAGUUGCAAACUUCUGUCAUCGUCGGGCGUGGUUAUUCUGAAAAAUAACGGUGGUUAAAGGGGGGAAGUUCCCUCCGUUAACUGUACAUGGUUAGGUAGAAAUGAGGCACCCUGCGGAGGCUGCUGCUUUUAAACGCAGGUGGGUGAUGAGUGUGUGCUCUAACCAACUGACCACUGCUUGGUUCUCGUAUGAUUGUUCUAUCCAGAGAGUAAUCCAUGGGAGCAUCAAUGCUAGUACGUGGAAUCAACUAGUAUCGUGUACAAUACUAUGUUGUGUAUACAGCAAGUGACUAAUUUCUUCAGUAUUAUAGAAGUAAUUAUGAUGCUGAAUUUUGAUAAUAAAGCAUUGCAGUCUUUCCAA